UUUUUGAGACAGGGUCUCACUAUGCAGUUCAGGCUGGCCUUCAUCUCAUUUGGUAGCCCAAGCUCGUCUCCAACUCUCAACAAUCCACCUGCCUCAGUCGCCCAAGUGCUGGAAUUACAGGUGUACACCACUGCAUUACAGGUGUACACCAUUAUAGCAUGUUAUUUAAAUGGAUAAUAGUAGGGCUGGGGAUUUAGCUCAGUGGCAUAAGCACCUGCCUUGCAAGUAUGUGGUCAUGAGUUCGAUCCCUGGUACUGCUAAAAAAAAAGGAUAAUAGUGAAGUAUCUCAUUACUGUAGUAUUUAGGUUUCAUUGGAUAUAUUUAAAAGAUUGAUAUAGGACUAAGAAUGUAGCCCAGUGGUAAAGCACUUGCCUAGCAUACAGGAGACCUUGGUUGGAUCCCCAGCAUUACAAGAAAAUACAAGUGCUAUGAUAUGAAAUGUCAGCAUACAUAACUCACUGGAAAAUAGAUCCUUUUCAACUAUUUAAAAUUAUAGUAAAGUAUUUUAUGAGCACAUAAAAAUGUGAGAGAAGGCCUGUUGAUCUUCAAGACUUUUCAGUGCUGAGUUCAAACCAGGGCCUUUCCAUUCUAGGCAAGCACUGAGCGACUCUCCAACCUUCUAAAACUUUUUUUUUUUAAUAUAUUGUUCACUGUAUGACAGAGGGUCUCAUCAAGUCUCUAAAUUUCUUAGGCUGGGCUUGAACUUGCAAGUCCUCCUGUCUCAGCCUCCCAGAGUGCUGGAAUUUGAGGCAUGUAUCACCAUGCCCAGGUUCAAAACUCUUAGAGUGAUAAGAUUUGAAGGCCACUGUGUCACAGUGUGGACUUUAGGAUUUGGUAGGAGCCUGACUGGUUAUCUAAUCUAUCUUGAUCAGUUUAUAAAUAAGACACUGAGGACAGAGAAGAGUUAGUUGAUUUUCCCCAAGUCACAUAGAGUUGGGUUCACAACCCAUGUGUCCUUGUUUGCUCGUGCCUUUCAGUACCUCCGCUGUCCUCUGAAAUCCCACCCCCAGUGUUGGGAAUGAGGAAGAAAAACAAAAAGUGAUCUCGAAACAGCUCAAAAAAGUUAACCAGGACUUAGAGGGUUGGUUAUUCUCCACCCUGCUGCUUCAGUCCUGAUCAGUCUGGGAGUCUGGUAGGGGACAAAACCUAAGGUUUUGAUGGACUGCAGAUGGCACAUUUUUCCUAGGAUCUCUUCUUCCCCAUCACCUUAGAGUAAACCUGAUCUUUAGGGCCAUGAGUGUGUCAACCUGGUUGCCAUCAUUUCAUUCUGGAUUCCUUCUCAGGACACCUACAUUUCAUGUGUUGAUCUUCAGGCACAAACAGUGCCCAUUACAUAUGAUGCCUUUUUCAUUCAUUGCACAACUAUCAGUUUGCAUGGCAGCCCUGGGCCACCCAGUCCUCAAAAACCCCUCAGUCCAGACAGGAGCCAGAACUUGGCCAAGCCGUUAUAGUCACAGCACAGUGAAGUGGUACCCUUGCCAAUGAGUCUCCACGGCCCAAGGUGGACACACAGCUCUGUGUACCCACCUUGCUGCUCAGAGUCCCCAAGGAAGGAACAGACCUUCUAAAAUUUGUUUUAAUGAUUUUUGAUUUUUAUCUUUAUGACCUCUGAUUUCUCUGUGGAACAAAAACACAUAGAAACUUUGGCUGACCACACUGAGGCAGACACUAAAUAGGACAUGGCCAAGGGCAGCCCUGAACAGCAGCCCUGGCCUUGAGAUGUGAACUGGAACAUGGCUGGAGCUGAAGACACAGGGCCAACAGGAAAGGACUCAGGCUGCUGUCAGGACACUGCUGCACACCCGACGCCAGGACCCUGCUGAUGCAGCAGCCCUCCACCCUGGCCCCUUACUGCCCCCCGCCCCCCUCCCCCGCCUGCCAGCUGCCAACAGGGCUCUGCCCUGUGUCUGCCACACCUGUCACUGCCUGUCCUUGUCCCGGGGGGGAGACCCAUCAGCCCCUCCUCAGCUGCCUAGCAGAGCAGGCAGUUAGUGGGGAGGGGAGGGAACAUGGAGCGGGGGCCUGUGGUGGGGGCAGGGCCGGGGACCGGGGCCCGGAUCCGGGCACUACUGGGCUGCCUGGUCAAGGUGCUGCUCUGGGUGGCCUCUGCCUUGUUGUACUUUGGAAGCGAACAGGCUGCCCGCCUCCUAGGCAGCCCCUGCUUACGGCGCCUCUACCAUGCCUGGUUGGCCGCGGUAGUCAUCUUUGGGCCGCUUUUGCAGUUCCAUGUCAACUCCCGGACUAUCUUCGCCAGCCACGGCAACUUUUUCAACAUAAAGUUUGUGAAUUCAGCAUGGGGCUGGACAUGCACCUUCCUGGGUGGCUUUGUGCUGCUGGUGGUGUUCCUGGCUACUCGGCGUGUAGCAGUGACUGCCAGGCACCUGAGCCGACUAGUGGUGGGGGCUGCCGUGUGGCGGGGUGCUGGCCGAGCUUUCCUGCUCAUUGAGGACCUGACUGGUUCCUGCUUUGAGCCUCUGCCCCAGGGCCUGCUGCUCCAUGAGCUGCCAGACCGCCGCAGCUGCCUGGCAGCUGGCCACCAGUGGCGGGGGUACACAGUUUCCUCGCACACCUUCCUGCUCACCUUCUGCUGCCUGCUCAUGGCCGAAGAAGCAGCAGUAUUUGCCAAGUACCUGGCCCAUGGGCUGCCUGCUGGCGCCCCCCUGCGCCUUGUCUUCCUACUCAACGUGCUGCUGCUGGGCCUCUGGAACUUCUUGCUGCUCUGUACCGUCAUCUAUUUCCACCAGUACACUCACAAGGUGGUGGGCGCUGCAGUAGGCACCUUUGCCUGGUACCUCACCUAUGGCAGCUGGUAUCAUCAGCCCUGGUCUCCAGGGAGCCCAGGCCAUGGGAUCUUCCCCCGCACCCACUCCAGCCGCAAGCAUAACUGAAAAGAAAUAAAGGCACAGCAGCCUG